AUGGCAUCCAUGCCCAUCAUCGUCCCCGCCACCACAACACACACCCAUACCGUCAUAUUCCUCCACGGGCGAGGAGACGUCGCAGAAAACUUUGUCGCCUCCCUGAAAUACUCCCAAGACUCACAGCAGCGAACACUGCAAGACGCAUUCCCCUCCUUCAGAUGGGUGUACCCCAAGGCCGGGGUCAGCGCUUCCUUCUCCCUCCCCGGCAACAAGGUCUCGCAGUGGUUCGAUAUUUGGAACGUUGCCGACUUUUCUGAGCGAGAAGAGGUGCAGAUACUGGGCCUGAAAGAGAGCGUCAUCAUGCUGCGAAAGGUGCUUCACAUUGAGGCGGGUAUCUUGGGUGGACGCUGGGACAGGAUCAUCCUGGCUGGCAUCAGUCAGGGUGCGGCGACGGCGACACAUGCUCUUCUCAACUUGACGGUGCCGGCGGAGGCAAACGACGGGACUAGAUUAUCAGGUGGUUUGGCGGCGUUUGUCGGGUUCUCGUGCAGGAUGCCGUUUCCUGGACGGACGCUUGUCGAGACGAGGGCAGUGUUGGGUUUGGAGGAUGUUCCGGUCGACGAUGAGGUCGUACGAAGGACGCCGGUGCUGCUGGAGCAUUGUGUGGACGACCCGCUGGUGUUGGUGCAGAAUGGGCGCGUCUUGAGGGACACGCUGCGAGGAUUCGGUGCGCAGGUUCACUGGAGGGAGUAUCCGAACGGCGGCCACUGGUUCCAUUCUCCCACCGGCAUGGACGACGUCAUUGAGUACUUGACGCAUGUUCUCGGAUUGCCGCCUUCACCGCCUACACACGCAAACGAAAUGGAUCUGUCUUGA